AUGGGUUUAAUAGCACGCGUCGGUUUAGUUCUGCUAGGUAUACUUAUCGCACUCAGCUACAGACUCUACGAUAAAUUGUCCGAGACGCCACGUGUACCGAAUGAUAUUGAGUUUUUCGAAUACUGGGGUCCGGAGGGUGGUGACCCAUAUGGGGACCGUUUGGAGAUAGUGCCGUUUCACGUAUCGUAUUCGCCGGAAGUGAUAGAACGUUUGCGAAAACAGUUACACGAUGGCCCAUCGCUAACCGUCCCACUCGAAGAUACCGCAUUUCAGUACGGAUUCAACAGUGAUCGUUUGCGGGAAAUCGUACAGUACUGGCGUACCGAUUAUUUGGACCGCUGGGAUGAACGGGAAGCGUACCUGAAUCGCUUUAAGCACUUCAAAACCCAAAUUCAGGGACUUGAUAUUCAUUUCAUACGCGAAAAAACGGAAACGGUCGUCAAUCCGAAGCGAUUCGUACCGUUGCUGAUGUUGCACGGUUGGCCUGGAUCGGUGCGCGAGUUCUACGACAUUAUUCCGAUGCUGAGCAAUCGAACAAGUGACAAAGAAUACGUCUUCGAUGUGAUUGUACCGAGUUUGCCUGGGUACGGAUGGUCGCAGGGAUCACCGAAACCGGGCCUGAGUGCGUCCAAAGUAGCGGUAAUAAUGAAAAAUUUAAUGGCACGCUUAGGAUACAAAAGGUUUUACAUCCAGGGCGGAGAUUGGGGUGCCAUCAUUGGCAAUUUGAUGGCCAUUAUGUUUGAGAAGGACAUUUUGGGUGUUCAUCUCAAUAUGUGUGUGGCAAGCGAAAGCCCUCUUACCAUGGGGAAAAUGGUCCUGUCGAACCUGGUGCCGAGUUAUUUCAUUGAAAAGCAGUUCAUCGAGUUUUACCAUCCUACCUGGCCGAGAAUUGCAGAGCUGAUUCUCGAGGGAGGCUAUAUGCAUCUACAGGCUACCAAACCGGAUACGAUCGGCACAGUACUUCAAAACAACCCAGUAGGAUUAGCGGCUUACAUACUGGAAAAGUUUUCAACAUGGACCGACCCUUCCAAUCGAAACCGGAAGGAUGGUGGUCUAGAACGACACUACUCGCUUGACGCACUGCUAGACAACGUGAUGAUCUAUUACCUUACCAACAGCAUAACGACAUCCCAAAGAUUGUAUGCGGAAUCUUUCAAUGCAGCAGAGCUGGCGAAAGAGUACGAAAACAUUCCCACCAAUGUCCCGGCGGCAUGUGCCAAAUUUCGUCAUGAAUUGUUCCAAUAUCCCGAUUGGAUAUUGAAGGAACAUUUUACGAACUUGAUGCAAAGUAAUCACUACAACGACGGAGGUCAUUUUGCCGCGAUGCAACUCCCCGACGUGCUUUAUAAGGAUAUCGUUCAAUUCGUGAACCGACUUUACGUGCGUUGA